CAUUUAGCAUCAGCUGACAAUUUCAUCUUCCAGUUUUCUACGCCGGCGUUCCGGCGUCCUCAUCCCUUGAAAUUGUGGACAUUUUUCCAAAACAAAUGAUGAAACAUAAGCAACUAAAUUUGUGAUCACUUACGAUGAGAGUAUGCAUCGCAUCGGAUUUCUUCUACCCAAACAUGGGCGGAGUGGAAGAGCACAUCUUCAACCUGUCCCAGUGUCUGCUGUCCCGGGGUCACAAAGUGGUGAUCGUGACUCACUCCUACGGAGAUCGAAAGGGUAUCCGCUACAUGACCAAUGGGCUGAAAAUUUACUACAUUCCGAUCAAGGUGUUCUACAAUCAAGUGAUUCUUCCUACGAUGAUCUGUAACAUUCCUCUGCUGAGGUACAUCUUUGUCCGGGAGCGAAUAGAAAUAGUGCAUGGCCAUUCGGCUUUCAGUACGUUGGCACACGAAGCAAUGAAUGUUGGUCAGCUGAUGGGGUUGAGGUCUGUGUUCACCGAUCACAGCUUGUUCGGAUUUGCGGAUCUGUCGGCUGUUGUCACUAACAAGUUCUUGGAGAUUUCUCUAGCUAAUUGUAAUCAUUGUAUAUGUGUGUCUCAUACAGGAAAGGAAAAUACCGUACUCCGUGCCAAGGUCCAUCAGGAUAAGGUGUCGGUGAUACCGAACGCUGUAGAUACUGCCCACUUCACACCAAACCCUUGCAAUCGUCCGUCGGAUUCGGAUCGUAUCAAUGUAAUCGUAGUCUCUCGGCUGGUUUACCGCAAAGGCAUUGACUUGCUGGCGGGAAUUUUGCCGAAGCUCAAACAUCUUUCCAAUGUACACUUUAUUAUCGGAGGAGAUGGACCAAAACGUGCGCUGUUGGAAGAGAUUCGGGAGCGAAAUAAUAUGCAAGAUCGUGUCACAAUGCUCGGUGGAUUGGAACACUCCCAGGUGCGGGACGUUUUGACGCAGGGGCACAUAUUUCUGAAUACUUCACUGACGGAGGCGUACUGUAUGGCUAUCGUGGAGGCAGCUUCGUGUGGGCUGCAAGUAGUGUCAACUCGGGUUGGCGGUAUCCCAGAGGUUCUGCCCGAGGGCUUAAUCAUACUGACCGAACCGACGGUGGAAUCGGUGUAUCGUGGCUUGCUGCUAGCGAUUCGACAAGAGGCUGAUAAGAAGCGGAUCGGAUGCAUGUAUUUCAAUGGGGAUUUGGGAGGACUGCAAGGAGGAAUGGAUAAUCGCGCGAGUGGUUAUAUGUGUCCAUUUGAGAGGAACAGUAUCGUGGAGAGUUUGUACAACUGGGAGAACAUUGCGGCCAGGACGGAAAAGGUAUACCGGAAGGUGCUGCUGGAGAAGGAAUCAACACUCGGUCAAAUGAUGGUCAACUGCCUCCGAAGUGGCGUCUGGCCGUACCUACUAGUCAUCUCGCUGUGCCAUCUGAUACUGCGCUGCCUGGAUUGGCUCGUGCCCCGCAGGUAUGUUGAUCUCUGUCCACUAGACAACCCGUUUUGGGAGGGUACCAUCGCUGGCCGAAGUCGACAGUCGCUAAACGAUGUGCGUGUUCACGUUCAUCCGGUUCCGGGACAGUCAUCAUUCCGCAAGAAGCGCCACAAACUUUUAUCAUCGUCUUGACGGCCGCUGACGGCCACCUCCAUGCCGGAGGAGGUGCUUUAGUUAUAAACUGUGUUUUUUUCUGUGCUGCUCAAAGUCGGAACAGCGCACCGAUAGCCAAAUAUUGAUUGUGCAAAUAUUGUUUUUUUUUUUACACUGGAAUGAACCAACUCAAUCGAGCUCAAUCGAAAGAAAACAGACGGGUUUUCUAAUAAUAUAACGUUUUUUGUAUUUUUUGUAUAUAAAGCUUUAAAAUCUUUCCAAAAUGUACUAAAUAUGAAACAAUACAAAACUAGA